AAGGAUCUAGAUGUGAUGUACUAUGCGUUACAUCACUUGAAAACUCAAUUUGUAGUUGCAACGCUUGAAAUUAGAAGUAUGAUUGUAAACAUUAUUUGUUCGAAUUUAAUAGCACAAAUGCUGCAAAAUUUCACAUACCUGUGACAUUUUAUUGUUUCUUUUCUAUGUGAAUUAUUACACGUGCAUUAUAUUUUCAAUUUCUGUUGAAUAUAUAUGCAGUUGAACAUAUUGGCGGGAAAUAAGAAGAAAUUGCAUACCAAAAUUUUUAUUUUACGAUUUUAGUAUAAAUUGAUUAUUAAAUAGCUAGGACGUAACAAAAUUUUUAGAACAAAAUUUUUAGAAGAUUUUUUAUAGCAUUUUACAAUCUUAAAUAUUGUGUCUCUGUAGAAUAAAAGUAAAUCAGAUGGCAGAAAGACUCGAAGAUCUUAAUUUGCCAAAUGCAGUUGUAACAAGAAUUAUAAAAGAAGCAUUACCAGAAGGAGUUACAAUUGCCAAAGAUGCUAGAACUGCAGUAGCAAAAGCAUCUUCAAUUUUUAUAUUGUAUUUAACAUCAUCUGCAAAUAUAAUAGCUAAGAAAGGGAAUCGUAAAACAAUAAGUGGUCAAGAUGUUAUUCAAGCAAUGAAUGAUAUUGACUUUGACCAGUUUGUUGAUCCACUACAGGAAUCAUUAGAGAAUUUCCGAAAAGCUCAAAAAGAAAAGAAAGAUGCAACAUCCAAAAAAAAGCAACAGAAAAAGGAUGGAGAUGAUGUAAUAGAGGAGGAGGAUGGAGGAAGAGAAGUUAUGGUUUUUUAAUACAUAUUAAGUAUAUAAAUUAUAAUGCAUAAAAGUAAACAUAUAUUUUACACAACUAUUGUAUAAGUCUAUCAAAUUUGUCACAUGUCUCUAUUUAUUAUUAUAAAAUAAAAAGUGAAAUAUAUUAGUAUAAAA